GUCAUUGAUAAAGACGCUAGGGAAGCUGAGUUCAAUGUACAUUCGGGUGAAAUUAUCGUAGUGUGCUUAGCUGAUGGUUGUUAGCCACCAUGACUGCUUAAUUAUAAAGCAGAAGGUUGUAGUAACAGCAGUCAUGGCGUCUAUGGAAGAAGAGGAGCUAGACCCCAGGGUGCAGAUUGAACUGGAGAAAUUAAACACAGCAACAGAUGAUAUAAACAAGCUUGAGGCCAAAUUAGAAGAAGCUAACAACUUAUUUCGAGCAACCCUUACUGAAUCUACUGCAGUUCUGAAAAGCCUGGCCAAAAAGUUAGGGAGCUGCAUAGAAAAGGGCCCCCCAUAUUAUGAAGCUAGGAGUUAG